GUAUAAAUAGCCAAUGAUGCUUGAACAUGAGAACUCACAAGAAAAGAGAAGAAAAGGAAAAAAUACAUUUCAGAAAUAUAUAAAGUAACAAAAAAUAUGGAAAUCACCAAGUUGUUGUUUGUAGUGGUUCUCUUAGGAGUUGUGUAUGCUAAUGGCGCAAGGCACUUUCGAGGAGUGCCUGAACAUACCAAAUUCACGGACAAAAAAUUAGAAGAUGAGCCUAUUUGUGCCGCUGGUGGCGGUGGCGGCGGUGGUGGAGGAGUAGCCGUUGAAGGUGGUACCGACAACGGAAGCAACGAUAGUGCAAACGGCAACGGAGAUGCAAAUGGAAAUGGGAAUGGGAACGGGCGCUCCGACUGUCCCGGAGACAUAGUUGUUGGAGGUGGAGGUGGUGGUGGAGGCGGAGGUGGAGCCGGUGGCGGUUCUGGCGGUAGUAGUGGUAGUUACUUUAACGGUAAUGGUUCCGGUACUGGUUAUGGUAGCGGUAAUGGUAGUGUCAGUAGCACUGGCGAGUAUUCGGCAAGUGGAGGAGGCGGUGGCAGCGGAGAAGGUGGAGGGGGUGGUGGUGGCGCUGAUGGUAGCAGUGGUAGCAGCAGUGGAAGCGGAAGCGGUAGUGGCAGCGGAAGUGGAACCGCUAGUGGCCCGGGUGUGUAUGUAAGCGUAGGUGGUGGAGGCGGUGGUGGUGGUGGUGGAGGUGGUGGCGGUGGGGGUAUUGGUGGGAGCGGCAGUGGCAGUGGCAGUGGCAGCGGCAGCGGAAGCGGUACUGUCCAUUCUUAACAUUAAAAUGGGUAUCUAGUCUUAUGCGUGUGUCCUUAUUCUAAAGCUUUUAUGUUAACAUUCUUAUCAUUGGGUGAUACUCUAUUUAAUUCUCACUGUGUAAUGUUUCAUUUUUACAGUUAUAAGGGUCAAUAUGUGUUCUACAAAA